UCUUGGUGGGGGUGCUCUUUGAUGUACGUACUUCCCCCCGGAUUGAGCGGAAAGCGAAAGCACCUGGCACGAAUGGGAAGGCUCACCAUUGCCUUUCGCAUUUCCAGUGGUUGCAUGUGCUCAUGGUGUUCAUCGUCUACACCAUGGGCGUCGUCGACGACGCCACUAAUGCCCAGCAGAAACCGGUGUGGGCGAUCCAGGCUCUCAUGGCGGCGUUUGUGCGCAUCACGGAGAUCGUGUACAAUGCGAUUGUCGUGAAAAGCCUCCAGCGCACCCUGCCCUGGUGGCAGACGGCCAUCUUUGUGCUCGCGUCCAUCGCUAUCAUCUUUGGACGCACGUGGGACACCUUUGUCGUCUCGCAGACCAGCUUCUGGGUUUCCAUCCGCACGGGCAUGGCUAUUGUGUCCAUCGCUGGAGUCGUCGCCUCGGGCCCAAUCAUCUUCAUCUUCGCCCGCGAGAUCUAUCGCCUCACCAAAUCCGACGCCUUCCUGCACAGCAAAUCCAAAGGCACGCUCCUCCUCGAGCAAGCCGGCACGCGUCUCCUCUUUCUCAACCUCAUCGACCUCGGGCUCGUCUUUAUCUUCCUCAUCCCUAACACGCCCGCCAACCCGUUCGUUCGCUGGUUCUUUGACAACUGGGAUAACUCCCGCCUGGCGUAUUAUGCCGCGGAUAUGAUGCUGUCGAAGACGAGUAUUGCGGUUGCGAAUGAACGGACCAGGCAGGAGAGCAGUAUUAAUAAGACGAGCAGGUCGGCGGCGACGCAUUUGAAGUCGGCUAAGCCGGUGUUGAGUGUCAAGGGUACUACGGAGGAUUCGGAGGAUGUGUGAUCGACAAGAGUAGGGGAUUUUUGAACACUGUUAGGGCUAGAGCAUAUUCUUUGACAGCUUUUAUACCUUGGUCACUUUUGAUUUAUGAAGAUGCUUUUUACUACGAUCGUCGUCCGUUAUAGACUUGGUUUCUCCCAGACAACUUGAACACCCAGAUGUCCGUCGGACGUUGAUUCCGUCGUUUGCCCAGCCAAGGAGCAGGAUUCGGAGGGUCGAAGUUCUAUUUAGGAGGAGCACGUCAGGAGGAUUAGGGUUACCGUCCAUAAUUAAUUCGGCACUGGCCCGAUAUGGGGGGGGGGACAUAAUGAUAUGCUAAGGGCAGUGUCAUCACUCCCA